UCUCUCGCGCCGGAGUAGGACGGGGCACACACACACACCCCGAGAGCUGCGGGCCGCCUUCCGUUCGCCAGUUGCCUCCUUUGUUGCCCCAGCUUCGUUGGCGGCCCACUGUGGACACGCGUGUGCGAUAGCGUGGUACGGCGUGCUCUGCCGCCGCGGCGGCUUGACGCGUCCCGGGACGUCCUGCUUUUGCCGUUGGAGCCACGCGGCCGCGAUGGCGGACGCCGGCCAGUUCCCCGGCGGAUAGCACUCUGACGCAGAUGCGCCCCCCCGCCUGGCCAUGAGUGAGCGGCAGCCGACGACGGCGCUGCACGGCGGGCCCUUCGAGCCCGGACCGCCGCAGGGCCCCGCGCCGGGGCCCGGGCCGCCGGCGCUGCUGGCGGCCCAGGACGGCUGGAUGAUGGGCCCCGGCGGACCCCCGUACCAGCUGCUGGCGGCGCCGCAGGAGUUCGGGCAUUUCGGGGCCCCACCGCCGUUCGAGCCGCAGUUCAACAAGGUGGCCUUCCCUUUCCCGCCGGGCUUCGGCUUCGCGCCCAAGGAGCCCGACGACGGCGGCAAGGACGAGGGCCUGACGGCGCGGCUGAUGGAGAAGCCCGGCGACGGGUCGUCGCCGAGGGCCGGCACGCCGGCCGGCGGCGUCGGCUACCGCCCCUGGGAGCAGGAGGGCUUCGAAGGCGCCCGGCCCGGCGACAAGGACCAGCGGCCCUUCAGCAACGGCCAGGACAAGGGCAGCGGUUCGCCGGGCCUCGGCUCCCAGGACAGCUCGCAGUCCAGCGAGCGCAUGCCCACCCCCGUGGACAAGAUGGCAGCGCAGCACCCGGCGCCGCCGUUUCCGAUGCAGCAUCAUCCCUUCGCCGACUUCCCCCCGCACCACGCGGUGUUCUUCGCGGCCGACAAGGGCUCCGGCGAAGAGCCGUCCUUCCAGGUGCCCUCCGUGUCGUCCACCACCACCCGGCACACACUGCUCCAGCCCAUGGCGCCCGCCUCGCACGAGCCCUGGGUGGACCAGCGCAACGGCCUGGCGGCGCCCCCGCCGCCGGGCACGCCGGACGCCAUGGACAAGGGCACCAAGAAGAAACGCAAGCGCUGCGGCGAGUGCCCAGGCUGCCUCAAGAAGGAUAACUGCGGCGAGUGCGGGCCAUGCAGGAGUGUGCGCAGUCACCAGAUCUGCAAGAUGCGGAAGUGCGAUCAGCUCAAGACCAAAAAGGAGAAAGAGCGCUAUGAGAAGAUGAUGCAUCAGAUGCACGAAAGGCGUCGGGGCACACCAGAUGAAAAUAAAAAUAUGCAACAGGUAGCGAGCGCCAUUUGCGGAAGCGGGGUUGCCGGAAAAGACGGAAUGGCGUCGUCCCCCGGCGGCAGAAAUAAUCUCAACGGGAGGACGCUGAACGGCUCCACGACGCCGUACCUCCCGCAGGGAGUGCCGGAACACCUCGGGCACCCAGGGAUCGGUGGCUUUUCUGGCCACAGCGAGUACCAGCUGCCACCCACAGCCAAGAGUGGGACAGCGGGUGGCCCGAAUCAGAUGUACGAAUCUGGUCCUUCAUUUGGGACCUUUCCAGCCCAACACCCUCAAGUGGUGGGUGCUUUCAAUGGCCAUCAGCAACAGCAGCAACAGCAGCAACAGCAGCAGCAACAGCAACAGCAGCAGCAGCAGCAGCAUGAUGGGCGCCUGCCUAUGGGCACUGAGGAGGCAGACUUCCCAACGCGUCACCAGAUGAUGAAUAAUCGCCUCAAGACUCUGAUUCAGACUAGGCAGAGCCAGAAGGAGCAAGGCCCUUUUCAGGGCCUGGAAAGCACACUGGGCCCAGCUGGCAACUUUGUGCAUCCGCAGCCAGCGCAGCCAGUACCUGACGAGCCCAUGGGUCACCAGCAGUUCACCCGUCAGGCACCUCCGAAUGAGGUAGGCCCCUCGCGGAGCUUCCCUCCCUUGGCAAGGAGCAACAGCGGCAGCAGCAACAGUGGCGGCCAUUCUAAUGGAAAUGCUCGGCCACCUUCAUCGAGUGAGCUCCCAGCUGAGGCCUGGCACGAGGCGAACCCCUCUAUGGGGCAGGCACGUGGCCGGCCAGAGCUGCCUGAGUUUGCCAAGAAUGGGUCGUCGUCCCAAGGGAGCAACAACUCCGAAGCUGAGUUCUCCCAGCCUGAGGAUCAGAGUCGCGAGAGUGAGUUUGCUGACAGCAGUGCUGAAACAAACAACACAUCCCGAGCCCCAAGUGGGCCUGCUGCUCCCACCAAUGGCAUGAUGUCAUAUGGUAACUUCUAUGGGGCACCACAAGAGCCGUCAGAAGCCAAAGUGGAAGCGUGUGACACCAAGAAGACGACACCCGCUACAAGUGCACCAAAUGCAUCAGAGGCAGACAUUCGUGGUGGUGCUCAGUACCACUAUACUUCAGCAGCCUCCAUUGGCACGACAACGACGGCCAGCACAGCCGCCAGCCACAUUAAGCAGCCCUGCAAUGGACCAGCCCCACCAUCAUCACCAUUUGCAGAGCGACAGUCACCGCGGGCAGCGUUUCAGGGGGCUCCGCCGUAUGUGCCCCACUUAGUGCCGCCCGUGCAGCGUGGAAACGAGAAUGACUCCAGCCACCAGCAACAACCGCGCAGUGAGAGUGAGCCUACUACAACGGAUGCAGUGCAGCAGCCUUUUUUAUCGAAUACGACCACAUCUAUGAGUACAUAUACAAGUAUUAUCAGUACAUAUAACAGCUUCGCCACUUCGUGCGCUCCUUCCUACCUAGCGGAGCAGCCGCCCCACCACCACCACCAGCAGCUGACUGCGGCGGGGGGGUCCAAGUUUGGUGGUGACGGUGCCCAAGAUGGGGCGGCUCGGGCGGGAGGGGCGCCCGACGUAGAUGCUGGUCGUAUUGCUGCUGUGGGCGAAUUCCGAGGACUGGAGUUGGGCCUGGCGCCUCUUGGGGGGCCGCCACCCCCUCACUUUGGAGGAUUUGCUGAGGGGCCUCUAGGCUAUGCAGGCCCCCCUUUCCCUCUGCCCCCCAUGGGCCCACCUGGGGCAUCUUUCGCCUCCCUUAAUCUGCCAGGUGCCGAUCCCUGGUGGGAGCGACUUGAGCGACUGCGGAGCAAUGCCAAGGCAGAGCCCCCCGCCUGCGACUGCCUGUCGCCUGAAGAUGCUCCACCUCUGGACAAGUCACCCUACUACACUCACCUUGGCUCUGGGCCAACUGUGGCCGCAAUUAGGGAAAUGCUUGAGCACAGGCUGAAUGAGACGGGCAGUGCACUACGAAUUGAGAAGGUGCUGUACACCGGCAAGGAGGGCAAGACAAGCCAGGGGUGCCCCGUGGCCAAGUGGGUGAUACGGCGCAGCGGUCCCAGUGAGAAGGUGCUGGUUGUACUGCGACAUCGGCAAGGUCAUCGCUGCCUGUCAGCCUAUAUUGUCAUGGCCAUCGUAGCAUGGGAGGGUGUCCAUGCAGACAUGGCCGACGACCUAUAUCGUACAGUUGUCCACAAAACAGUCAACUUUGGCUUCCCCACUCAGCGCCGCUGUGGCACCAACGAGCAACGAACUUGUGCAUGCCAAGGAGCAGACUCGGAAACCUGUGGAGCUUCCUUUUCAUUUGGCUGCUCAUGGAGCAUGUAUUAUAAUGGCUGCAAGUAUGCAAGGAGCAAAUCUGUUCGCAAGUUCAAGCUUUCAGAACAGUCAGAAGAACAGGAGCUUGAAGACAAGCUGCAGCAAUUGGCUACUGACAUGGCUCCCCUGUAUGCUAGAGUUGCACCAGAAUCGUACAAGAACCAGACUGAGUUCGAGUCUGAGGGUAUAUCAUGUAGGUUGGGCCUGAAACCAGGAAGACCAUUUUCAGGAGUCACAGCCUGUGUGGACUUUUGUGCCCAUGCUCACAAAGAUUUACACAACAUGAAUAAUGGCUGCACUGUUGUAGUGACAUUGACAAAAUACCGCGGGUUUGAGAAGGGUGAUGAUGAGCAGCUGCACGUGCUUCCAUUGUAUGUACUUGAUGCAACUGAUGAAUAUGGGAAGAAAGAUGGAUUUUAUGAGAAGGUGAAAGCAGGAUCAUUGGAGGUGCUCAGAAAAUAUCACACGACAACCAGGAUACGUAAGGUGCCUUUGGGACCCUGCAAGAAACGUGGACGAAAAGAAAAGAACCCUGAUGAAGCAGCACACGCUAUUCAGCAAAACUUAAACUCAGAGGCACAGACAGAUGAAGGGUAUGCAUCACAAACAAUGCCAUCACCAGUCUUCAGUCCCAAUUUUGAAGCACCAUCCUACCACAGAUCUCCUUUCGAAGAGAAGUACAAAUCAGGCAUGCCUCAAGUGAAGCAUGAAUCAGAACUUGGGAAUCCCAGGUUUGAGAUUCCCGUGGGCCCCUUUCGAUCUCAGCAGCAGUCUAGUUUUCAUCCUACUACUAUAGAGCCUCCAACAGCCAAGUCCUAUGGUACAUGUGUGCCAGGAUACAAAGUGAAAAAUGAAUUUUUGCCACACAUGUCUUGCCAGUAUGAUACAUCAGCGUCAGAAGGCAGUUUCUCUUUGCAGAAACCAAAUUCUCCUUGUGCUGAAUCUCAUGUUCCUUGUCUAGGUAAAGAUGACAUGAAAGUGGUGGUCAAAAAGGAGAAUUCCAGUGAAGCCUGCAUUCAGAGUACCCUGGACAAAGGAGGCCAAGUAUUAAACAAAACCUCAGGUAUGCCUCAAAUCUUGUCACCUCAUACUUCAGAACGAAUACAUCAUACAAAGGAUUCCAGUCCAUUUAAUCAGCCAUAUCUUCAGCCUCAACAAGAUCUUGCCUAUGGGAACCCUUACUUCGCGGGAAAUUACACACAGCAAGGAACACAAAAGAUGGCAAGUCUUUGUACCAUCCCUCAGAGCCCCAUGAUGACUACCAUUCCGGACACUCCUCCUGAGGAUCAUCAUUUGGCUAUGAACUAUUAUAAGUACAGGAUGGUCGACAGGUACCACUAUCCAAGCUACUUGCCACACAGUGGGCAGGAUGGCCCCCCUGUGGAAGGCCACAGCAUCGACCAUUUGCAGAACUUGGCUUCAGUUUCCAACCACCACCUGCAGAACCUCGAAUUAGGCCGUCCCAGUGGAGGCCACACUGUCUACUCGCCAUUUGUGGACAGAAGUGCUUCCAUGCCACCUUACCAUCAUCAGUCUCUAAGCGCCACAUUCAGCCCCAUCUCCCAGACUCCGUCCCAGGGUGUUAUGCUUCCACCAUCAUACGUCCCACAGGCGGUGUCUCCACACAUCACUCGAAAUGCUGGCUACGGUGCACCUGGCUUUUCCAGAAAUGGCAGCUUCCUACCUUCACCUCAUGAAACAUUUCCACCUCACCCCAGUCCUCCAGUUACUCCCAUGACGCCGCCAAGCACACCAAGGCUGACUGAACUGAACCCUGUGCGGAUGGACUCGCCACUUCACAUGCGUUCCCCAUACUACAUGGCUGGCAGCUUCGGCAUGCCUGUUGACCCAUCCUGCGGAGCCGCAAGGAGCCACAGUCAGGGUGCCCCCUUCCCUCAAGCGCCCUACGUGGAGGCAGCAGCGUGGGCCUCCGACCGUGACUACAGCGCAGGCUUCCAAGGCCCCUAUUAUGCACCUCGUGGCCAGUGCUUCCCAGCAGCAGUCACACCACCAAAAGACUAUGGCAUGCAGACACCUCCUGUUGCAGGCCCAACACGUCUGCCUGCUGGUCUUGCAACACCACCACCACAAGGCCGUUGCAUGCAGGAGCGUGCCAGUGUGCUUCCCCCCUUCAAGAACACCUUCAUGCCAGCGCAGACUGCACCAAAUGGCUUUGAGCGGCACUUGCAGACAUUUCGUUCUGUCAUGGAGGAUGCUCAGCGAAGCCAACCAGUUGGCCCUCCACGGCUUGCGCCACGGCCAGCUAGUCAUGAGGGCCUCCCUAGGGUAGAGAUACCCAAGGCUGAUGAAGAAGGCAUCUAUGAAGUUGACUCAGACAACGAAGCAGUGUUCCAGGACCCAGAAGUUGGUGGUGUGGCCAUUGCCCUAACGCAUGGAUCGGUAUUAUUUGAGUGUGCCAAGCACGAGCUCCAUGCUACCACUGCGCUUCGACGGCCCGACCGCAAGAACCCCACCCGCAUCAGCCUUGUCUUUUAUCAGCACAAGAACCUUAACUUCAGGAGCCAUGGCGAGGAAGAGUGGGAGAAAAAGAUGGAGGUUCGCAAGCUGGAGAAAGCUAAUGGAGAACGGCCGUCUAAGAAAAAAGCCAAACUCUCCUCGGAAAGGUUGGAUGAGGAUGGGUUCCCUACGUCGGCGCUGCGGCCAGCUGACCAGGCACAGUCGUGGGAGGGACCCCAUGUGCCCCUGCCCUCAUUCUUUGCCAUCAACCCAUACCAGAAGUGUUUCUAGCUUGGCCCAGACAGGAGUGCACUGGGAAGCUUCUAGUGUGCCAGCCAGAAAUUCAUGCAACAUAAGUCUCAAACAAAUGUGCAUUCAAUCACAGAAAUGUGUACAUGAUGUGAGGGGCUACUGCUGUGCAGUUU